AGCACGACAGUGAGCAGCCCGCGGCCCAGCGACGCAGUCAGGCCGAGCCGAGCACGCCGAGCACGUCGCGCGCCAAGCCCAACAAGUCCAGUACGCCAUCGCCCUUGAGGCUGCUGCUGCGCGUCGGGGAGGCGCUGGCGGCGCGUACCAUGGCCCCCCGCUUCGCCUGGCUGGUGCUCGUGUGCCUGGGCCUGCAGCACGUCAUCGCGGACCUCGGCGACAACGGCUGGAAGCGGCCCGGCUGCCACAGAGUCGGCCACACCCGAAAAAUCAGCAUCCCGGACUGCGUUGAGUUCCACAUCACGACGAACGCGUGCCGCGGCUUCUGCGAGUCCUGGAGCAUCCCGUCGGCCCUGGAGACCAUGGCCGUCAACCCCCACCAGCCCGUGACCAGCGUGGGGGAGUGCUGCAACAUCAUGGACACCGAGGAUGUGAGCGUCCGCGUCAUGUGCCUCAACGGAUUCCGGGAGCUGACCUUCAAGUCCGCCAAGAGCUGCGCGUGCUACCACUGCAAGAAGGACUGACCCGAGGCGGAGUGGCCGCGCAGGGGGAUGUAGGCCCCACCAUCCGGGCCAUCUGCACGUCGGCUGGACCCGACCCGAUCCGGCCCGGCCCCGGAGCAGAGGGACGGGGGAGGGUCCCGGAGGCGUUGGGAGUGUACAACUAUGUUUUUCCGGCGGCCGCGCCGAUGCAGUGCCAUAGAAACAAUGUGAUGAUCAUGUUCAGGCUCGCUUUGCAAACGGAAACUUAAGUAAACAUUUUAGUGCUUUGGCUGCUAGCGCAGUGUGUGUGCGCGUCUGUCGAUUAGUUAGUUCCGCCGUGGCAACAGUCAAGAUGAACCUCAUUAAACGUAGACGAUGAAAAAUUAGUUAGAGUGAAGCUUUUCGCGUAAUUUACUCUAUGACGAGUAGGCGCACGGCGCCACUUACAAGUGAAAGACUGAGAGAGCACAAAAAAUGGUUCUGGAAUCGAGUUUUGUGAAUUGGAAAGCUGUAUUCUAGUUUUAGGGCGGGUGUGGAUUACAGGUCGUAGAGUGACUUAGCAGGCCGAAUCAUUUUGCACUUAUUCUUGAUACUACUUCUAGUUCGUAUUCAAAUGACGUAGAUUUUUUCCCUUCGUGUCUUUAAAUUGUGUAGCAAGUGUAAAUAUAGAGUUUUACUCCCAAACGCCAAACAAAAAUAAAAUUAAUUAUUGUGAGAGCUGUUGUGUGUAAUUAUAAUAAAUAAAUCAGAUUAGACCAA